AUGCAGACCGAAGUUUUUGACGAAGAAAAGGCCACUGGGUCGGACGAGUCUCCCCAAAGAACAACCGCAGAGGAUGAUUCCGAAUCAGCCUCUCAAUCAAAGGAUGAACCUACUGCCAAUGGAGAAGACAGCCAUCCCAUCUCUCCAAACCCUAGUCUCCCCGCCGUUACCGAGGAUAAAAGUAUCGAGGAUGCCGCUGCUGUUCAGCGUGUCUCAACGGAGCUUGGGCCCCCAGUGCCCGUGCCUCGACGAAAGCGUCGAGGGUUGUUUGGCCAAUUCACUCUGAUCGCAGAAGUGGAGAACCCAAAGACGUACAGCCGAAAGAUUAAGUGGUUUCUCACUUUUGUAGUCGCUAUGGCCGCUGUGGCAGCUCCUAUGGGUAGCGCCAUCUUCUUCCCAUCACUAUCGCAAGUGGCACGCGAUUUGAAUGCUACCCCAACUGUUACGAAUCUGUCUGUCGCCCUGUACAUGCUCAGUAUGUCCAUAUUUCCCCUCUGGUGGUCCUCUUUCAGCGAAACGCUAGGCCGGCGGACAAUUUACCUCGUGUCUUUUGUUCUCUUCUCGGUAUUCAAUGUCCUGUGCGCGAUUUCAAGUUCGAUAGCCAUGCUUGUCGUAAUGCGGAUGUUGAGUGGCGGGGCUUCUGCAUCGGUCCAAGCUGUGGGUGCAGGGACGAUUGCAGAUCUUUGGGACGUCCGUGAACGGGGGAGGGCCAUGGGUAUCUUCUACUUGGGACCUCUCUGUGGCCCCCUAUUUGCUCCCAUCAUUGGUGGUGCGCUGGCCAACCGAUGGGGCUGGAGGAGUACGUUGUGGUUUAUGGUGGUAUUUGGCGGUCUUACCGUCUUGUUCAUCUUCCUGGCCCUUCCAGAGACCCUAGCGGCCCGGAAAAAGCCUCUGGUGGAAGCUGAACAAGCAGCAACACCCCUGGACCGUACCUCAAGUCGGGUCUCUUCCCAGAUGAUUCGCAAUACUGCCAAGUGGUUAAAGUUCCUGCGAAUAGCCUUUCUGGAUCCGUUGAAAAUCAUUCUGUACCUGCGGUAUCCACCUGUCUUAGUGACAGUCUACUAUGCAAGCAUCACCUUUGGCUGCUUAUAUGUGCUGAAUGUCAGCAUUCAAGAGAGCUUUGGGGCCCCGCCUUACAACUUUUCCACACUUCUCGUUGGCUUGUUAUACAUCCCGAACUCAUUGGGAUAUGUGAUUACCAGUUUCUUUGGCGGCCGUUGGAUGGAUAGGAUCAUGCAUCGGGAAGCCAAGAAGGCCAACAGAUAUGACGACAAGGGAAAGUUGAUUUAUCGGCCCGAAGACCGUAUGCGCGAGAAUGCCUUUCUUGGGGCAAUACUCUAUCCAGCGGCAUUAUUAUGGUAUGGCUGGGCCGUGCAAAAAGGUGUCUAUUGGUUCGUUCCGAUAGUCGCAAACUUCUUCUUUGGCAUUGGAUCGAUGCUUAUUUUCGGCAUGGCAACAACCAUGUUGACCGAGUUCAUGCCUAAGAAGUCAUCCGCUGGUGUGGCGCUCAAUAACUUCGUGCGUAACAUCUUCUCUUGCGUUGGCGCUGUCGUUGCUUCUCCGAUCAUCCAUGCGAUAGGCAAUGGAUGGCUCUUUACGAUUCUUGGAUUGCUCGGAUUCAGGAUGUGGCCUUUUUUUUUCCUCGUCGUUUCUGCAGAAGUCAAUGGUCAUGAUUCGGGUCCGGCACCUGGUGAUGUGACGAUUUUGGGAAUAAGAAACAUGACGAUGACGACUUCUAUUGAUUAUGACUGUUAUCGUUAUUCACCUAAAGAAUCGAUCGUACUUGCUUCUGACUUGCUGAGUCCUUCGCGAAUGGAAGAGUUUACAUGUAGUUGCUGCUGUCGUGGCAGACAUAGGGAGCGUCCACAACAGCAGCAGCAACGUCGUGAAUAA